CAUCUCUUCAUCAUCCUCACCAUCUAGCCCCUCUUUCAUCCUUACUUGGAUACCUCCUUUACUCGUCGCAAUGGCUCAGGAACGUGCUACUCCCAUUCGUCUCGGCUCUACUGCCCCUAACUUCCAGGCUGACUCCUCCAACGGCCCCAUCUCCUUCCACGACUACAUUGGCAACAGCUGGGCUAUCCUCUUCUCUCACCCGGAUGACUUCACCCCCAUCUGCACCACCGAGCUGGGCGCUUUCGCCAAGCUCGAGCCCGAAUUCACUGCCCGUGGAGUCAAGCUGAUCGGUCUGAGCGCCAACGGCACCGAGUCUCACAAGCUCUGGAUCAAGGACAUCGAUGAGGUCACCGGCUCCAAGCUCUCCUUCCCCAUCAUUGCCGACCCCGAGCGCAAGGUCGCCUAUGCCUAUGACAUGGUUGACUACCAGGACACCACCAACGUUGACUCCAAGGGUCUCGCUCUGACCAUCCGCUCCGUCUUCAUCAUCGACCCCAACAAGAAGAUCCGUCUGAUCAUGUCUUACCCUGCCUCUACCGGCCGUAACACCGCCGAGGUUCUCCGUGUUGUCGAUGCUCUUCAGACCACUGACAAGCACGGUGUCACCACCCCCAUCAACUGGCUCCCCGGUGAUGAUGUUGUCAUCCCCCCUCCUGUCUCCACUGAGGAUGCUCAGAAGAAGUUCGGUGAAAUCCGCCAGGUCAAGCCUUACCUGCGUUUCACCAACCUCAACAAGAAGGAGUAAAUUAUGACGCAGUCUUCCAUUCAACCGUUUCCCGCUAGCUGUUCCCAGGAGGAAUAACCAGUUCUGACGUGGUUAUGGUUGGGAGCUUUCUCAUGAAAAAGAGUAUGACAGUCACGGCUUAGCAUCUCUAAUAAUAUGAUACCUCUUACGACAGCA